UUGCGACCCAACCCGGUUCGCACUGUUACCGUUUCUUCCCUGCAACUUCUACGCCGCCUCCCUCGCCGCCGGCUUGCUAGAUCGGAGGCCGCAGCAUCACCCGACGAUGCAUGAUGUAGCUUGAGUAGAGGAGGUGUGGUUCGAGCACGUGGUUCGAAAGCCUCCGUUGUGUUUUUCCACGUCCUCGAUGGCCGGAGGACUUGCCCUGUUUCCGGCCGCUUCCACCCUACUCGAUCCUUUGAAGUCGCGAUCGCCUCGCUUUCGUUUUUUUUUGGAUGGCAGCGCAUGGUGCAGAUCACGAAUCUUUUCUCCUAUCAUGGAAGGAUUUGUUGGAGUGAUUCUAGUGAUUAAUUGCGGGGAUUCCAAACUUAAUGAACUUUCCGAAAAUACCGAUCCCUUGUUUGUUCUUAUUUGAUCUCCACCUUCUCGCUCAUUGCGAUUCGUAGCAACUGCUCUUGAUUUGAUCCUUCAAACAGCUCUCUUUAUACAUGGCGUCGGAGAUUGUCCGAAAAUCGGCGGAGGGAAAGAGGAAGGAUAAGCCGCCGAGGGCUUACGUCACAUUUCUCGCCGGCGACGGUGACUAUGUUAAGGGUGCUGUGGGCCUUGCCAAGGGGUUGAAGAAAGUAGACUCUGCAUACCCGCUGGUGGUGGCAACGCUCCCUGACGUGCCGGAGAGUCACCGCCGGAUCCUCGAGUCCCAGGGCUGCAUAGUCCGUGACAUUGAACCUGUGUACCCCCCUGAGAACCAGACAGAGUUCGCCAAGGCUUACUAUGCCAUCAACUACUCCAAGCUUCGCAUCUGGGAGUUCGUCGAGUACCAGAAAAUUGUGUACCUGGAUGCGGAUAUACAAGUUUACGAGAACGUCGAUCAUCUGUUUGACUUACCCGACGGCUACUUCUACGCCGUUAUGGACUGCUUCUGCGAGAAGACGUGGAGCGACACGCCGCAAUUCAAGAUUGGUUACUGCCAGCAAUGCCCUGACCGAGUGACCUGGCCUGCCGGCGAGCUCAGCCCGCCUCCCUCCCUCUACUUCAAUGCCGGCAUGUUCGUGCACGAACCGCGUCUUACCACCUGCGAGUCUCUACUUGCCGCUGUCAAGAUCGCCACCCCCUCCCCCUUUGCCGAGCAGGACUUCUUGAACAUGUUCUUUAAGGAUAUCUACAAACCGAUCCCUUUGGUCUACAAUCUGUUAAUUUCUAUGCUAUGGAGGCAUCCGGAGAAGGUGGAUCUUGAGAAAGUGAAGCUCGUCCACUAUUGUAAUGCCUGGUCGAAGCCAUGGAGGUACACCGGGAAAGAAGCAAACAUGGACCGGGAGGACGUCAAGAUGCUUGUGGGCAAGUGGUGGAAUGUGUAUAGCGAUGAGAGCCUCGACUACAAGGGCCUGCCAUUGGCAUUGAAGGAGGGGGAGGUCAGAGAGCUGCCAGUAUCAACACUCUCGGCAGCUGGAGCUGUAGAUUACGUUAUGACUCCCUCAGCAGCUUGACUGUCUAUCUAGAGAUCAGGUUGGAUUUCUGGAGGGCUACUUCAACCAUCAUUCAGACUAGGAGAUGAUUGAGAUGUCAACUGUCAGUUUGCUAGUGACCUACCAAUAAUGAGUGUAGUUAUACCAAAUCUGGUAACAAGUAUGAAAUUAACAGCUUGAAUUACUUAUGUUUGGAACAAAAGUGAUUUUUAAUGGAA